AUGGCAAAUACUCUCACCCUUUCGUCUGCGGUUGUCGCCGGGGGCCCGUUUGAGCAGCAAGGCUCUAUUGACUGGGUUCAAAUCGCCAGAAUGUCCGUUUCCGUGCCCAUCUCUAUUCUCGCACGCGUUACAGCCGCCGAUAUUUCUCCCCUCACGAUCGUCAUGGGUCAGGAAAUGUCGUCCCUUUUCCGAUUGUCUGCCACCGGACAUGAACGUCUCAUCAAGGCACUUGGCGAACUGAAGAGCUUUUCUGCUAUCGGAGACGCCAUCUGGUUUGGAUUCGGCAUCAAGCACAUAGUCCGAGUCCUGGCAGAGACCCACAAAGGGCUCACAUGCCUGACGCUUUGUGCGUGUCUUUCUGAAAUCCAUACUCCAAAGGCCUGCGCCGAGAUACUGAUCAGAUUGGCCGAUGCUUGCGACGCCCCGGAUGAUCUCCGACCUUCUGCUAGUCAAUGGAUUAAUCUGGUAGAAGCCUGUUCCGGAACUCUGAGGUCGACGACCUUUGCAUGCAUCGCGGAGCAGUUCAUGGCAUUCCAUCGUCAUCACGUGAGCGAGACUUACGCAGACGAGGCUGAAGAUGUCGCUAAAGCCUUGCUCGCUGUCGCCCGUGUUUCCUCGGGUGUGCUGAGUUCGGUAACACUUACGGGUGGUCGCUCUUGCGGAUGGAUCGCUGCUAUUGGCUUCUACUUCCUCGGUUUGGAGGUCGAAAUUCGAAGUGCCGACAAUGCUACGAUUUACAAGUCCACAACCAACUAUGACUCAAUCCGUCUGCUGGUCAUAUACGAAGCGGCACAGUCCAAGCAGGUCCAGAUCAAUAGCACCGCAUACUUCAUAAACUCCCUUGAUCGCGUCAUUUCCUAUGAGCAGCGAUUUGAUUCUGUUAUAUCUGGGACCGUCCAGUGGGACAGUUGUCUUUCGACAACGUUCGGUGACUCUUUCAGGGACCUGCUGGGUGCCAGGCAAGAAUUUGGACAGCUAAUAGGCGCUUCCGCGCGGGUCUUUCGAGGCUUGACCGUUUCGGAUACCAGCAGUAUCUUUGGGUCUAGUGACCGGGCCUCUUGGUUUGGCUUCCAACCAGGUCAGUACGGACAUGGAUUUUGGCAUUCUACUGCUUCAUGGUUCCCUGAACUUUCACCCCUGCGCCCGAACAUUGAUCUGGAAGCCGACAUGUCUGUUGAUGGUGCUGUUGGGAAGUAUACUCAAGCCUCGAAAGAGUUGGCGAAAUCUUGCCAAUGUCAUUACUGUUCCGGAGACCACUCAAGAUCCAAGAGAGGUUACUGCCUUCCUGUACUUGCCGAGACCAUUAUAUUCCUUAUAUGGAACGUUUCUGCUCUUCAAGUCCAUGCCGAUCUCAAGCCCUAUCACUCUGGCUUAAGAUUCAUUUACCAACUUCACUGCGGAGAGGCUAUGAGUUAUCGAAGUUUUGGACGUUGGGAUGGAGGCAAUGCCCAUCGCGAAGCUUACUGGGGAAAUAUGGUCGAUUUUGUACGACGUCUCGGCCUCGAUUCAGUAUAUCAUACUGCGCAAUUUCUGUUUACCAACCAACUGUAUCCCCUCCAAACACAAAAGGCAUUUACUGCUGCUUCUAUUGGAGGGGUAUGCUUCUAUUUUGACAUAUUGCGAAAUGUAUCAGAUUUACCGGAAGAGUCAAUGAGACUACAUGUUGUACCUGGCGUUAUUCAGACGAAAGCCGGACGGCAUUACAGGUUCAUUGCCGACAAAACGGGCAGGACGUCUGAUGGACUUCUAGGGCUUGACUGGAAAGAGAACGAUUCACUCUUUACUACCGCUCAGUACAGAGUCAAUUACCAAGCUAGCGUGACGGACACCUUAGGUAGCAACAUAUCCCUCCCCGCACUUUCUAUGGACACAGGAAGCUCGGAUCUGGAAACCAAACUCUUAAUCGAAGAGUCUACUGGUGGCUUGCUUGUUGAUAUUCACUUCAUCAGCUCCGUUGGAGCUUGCCGUGUUGGUGCCUACACCAUGCUCAAGGAAAUCAUCAUGAACUCAGGGCUAGUUGAGUGCAGUCAUCUCCAUUGCGCGCAAAUGGCUCAAAUCUCUUCUCCUAUAUCUAUCGUGGACGGGGAGGGUUGCAUGCCUGUGAAUCUCCAACCAAGGAUUUAUCUCCGAAGACUUACGGGCAAUCGUUUGGCGAGAUGCAUUGGACUUUUGGUAAACAGAGAAUGGAUGAAUGCGCCCAUAUUGCGCCAGAGGGAGUGUAUACCAUGUUGUAUCAAGGCUGCCAGUAACAUGCGAUACAAUGGUCGGGAUUACCCAAAGUACGUUAUUCUUUGA